GGGUUGCAAGCACCUACAUCAAUUAUCUUAUCCAAAAAUUCCCUUACAUUCAGUUCGAGCUCGCGGUUUUAGAAUUUGGCUCUGUGAUUGUAUUUGAUUUCUUUAGUUUAGGGUGUGGCUGGUUUUGAGUGAUCGCGUUCCUCUCCCCAAAAAUGGCGACCUCCAAAUUGUGGUCUACCCUCUUCCUCUCCUACUCGGCCGCCAAACUCAACCCUCGUCUCUUCGCCAGGAACCCCUUCUCUCCCGCUCGGCGCCUCCUUUCCACCACUGCCACUCCUUAUCCGCUAUACUACGAGCUCAUCCGCUACCGUCCUGUCCGCGGCUCUACCUCCCGCCGUCGGCUCCCAAAUGCGCAUGACGGCUCCGACCAGCCGCCCCCCGCAUCGUCAGACGCAGCUGAAGUACUCUCCGACACCGCCGGCUCCUCCUCCGAGGCCGCCAUGGACCGUUCCAAGCGGCGGUACUACCGCAAGCGGCAACGCCGCAUGUACGGAGGCUCCGACGACGAGGACCGCCGGCGCGGCGCCGGAGACGAAUACGUAGAGCUCGAGCCGGAGGUAAUAGACUUCCCUCGCCUUCACCCACGCGAGGAGGAACUUUACUUCUACGACGCCUUUGCGUAUCCCUGGGAGAAGGAUAAGCACUAUCGCAUGGUGUACCAGCUUGAAAAGAAGUACUUUCCUCAGUAUUCCUUGGAUAAGGCUUUCGUCGACCCCAUGGAGCCUGUACCGCCGGCAUCGGCAGAGGAAGGUGUGGUGAAAAAGAAAGGACGGAAGCCGAAGAAAGGGAAGGAUGGUAGCGAGGAGAAGGAUGAGAGGGCUUUGAUCUUUUUUGAAGAAAGCGUGGAGAAAAAGGACAGUCUUGCCAUCAAGAGUGUGACGGAGAAGAAGGUCGAGGAGUUCUUCAAGUGUUUGAGGAAAGUCCCAAAGGCUGGUAACAGGCAGGGAGCUGUAGCUGCCCCAAUAACGGUGGAACAGGCUGAGUCGUAUCUCGUGAACAGGAAGACUGAGCUUCCUCCAAGGUGGGAUGGCCCAUCCGGGACUGUAGUUCUUGUGGACAAACCUAAAGGAUGGACUUCAUUUACUGUUUGUGGGAAGUUGCGACGCUUAGUAAAAGUUCAGAAGGUUGGGCAUGCUGGUACUCUUGACCCGAUGGCCACAGGGUUAUUAAUUGUUUGUAUUGGUAAAGCCACAAAAAUUGUUGACAGGUACCAAGGUAUGGUUAAAGGAUAUAGUGGUGUUUUCCGUCUAGGAGAAGCUACAUCAACCUGGGAUGCAGAUUCACCAGUUAUUCAAAGAGAACCAUGGGAACACAUCAAGGAUGAUGAUAUAAAAAAGGCGGUUAAAUCUUUCUUAGGAGAGAUAUGGCAAGUUCCUCCUAUGUUUUCAGCCAUUAAGGUUGGCGGUGAAAGAAUGUACGAGAAAGCAAGGAAAGGAGAAACAGUUGAGUUAUCACCAAGACGAAUAUCAAUAUAUCAGUUUGAUAUUGAGCGCAGCUUGGGUGACAGGCAGAAUCUGGUAUUCAGAGUAACUUGUUCUAAGGGAACAUAUAUCCGAUCUCUUUGUGCUGAUCUUGGAAAAGCUCUUGGCAGCUGUGCUCAUUUGGCUGCCCUACGAAGGGAUUCAAUUGGAGAAUAUUCAGUUGACGAUGCAUGGAACUUCGAAGAACUGGAAGAGCAUAUCACCAAGGGAUACUUAUGAGAUCACAAGAAAUUGUCAGAUGUAUACUGUGUUUCAAGG